UCUCCCCUGGCCCCAACGCUAUCCCGCAUCGCCAGCGCCGCUCCCAGCUGGCGGGGCCACCCGCCUCCACUCUCUUCAAGGCACUCCCCGCCGCUGGGAUUCCCCAGCCCCUCGAAGGACAUCUUUCCCCCUGCCUCGCCUCGCAGCCACCCGUUCCAGGGGAGCCUUCCCAAUCGGGUCGCAGGCAAAUCAACGGCACCAACCGGCCCGUGGGUAACGGGGGCUUUGUAUGCAAUCCCAUUCAAACCACGCGGUAACCUUCCGCCGCGAGGGGGGGGAGGGAAAGUAGUCCCUCGCCACCCUCCUUAGGGACUGAGUUCACAGCGGAGCUGUGGACCCCGUUGCUGUUCUCUCCGCGGGCCGGACACAACCGAGGAGCGCCUCUCCAGCGGGACGUGCAAACCCGCCUCUCGCCCACUCCGCUCCGGUGUAGCCCUCGAAGGAAAGGUACCGCUGGGCGGAGAGAUCGCGCAGCCCGCACACGUACAGCCCGACGAUACGCCUCCACCUAACCCAGCAAACGGAAGCGCCGAGCCGCCGCGAUGGACAGAAAGCGCCGUCCAAUAGGCAGACGGGCUGACCUCCCAAAAUGUAGGUUUAGCCAAUGGAAGGGGCAGGAGCGGAGGGGAGGCGGGUUCGGUUAUAGGCAGCAGUGCAGGUUGAACGGAGUCCCAGCGCAGGGCUGGGAUGAGCCUCAAAGUUCAGGGCGAUCGUGGUGGGGGAUGUAGCAGCGCCGCUACCGCCGCGCACCGGCCCGGCCCGCCCCGGCUCCCGCCUUCCUCGGCGCCUCCCCCAGCCCCCCCCAGCAGUUUUUAAACUCUGAUUCCCAGCCUCCCCCCCUUCCCUUCUUCUCCACACCCCCCCUCCCCUUCCUCCCCUAAAUGCCAGCCAUGAUCGAGAAGGGCCCAGAGGUCUCGGGGAAGCGGCGGGGCAGGAACCACAACGCUACCGGCGCGAAUAAUAACAACAACGGUGGUAGCAAAAGUUUAUCUGCUGCCCCCAACGGCAACAGCAGCGGCAACUCCUGGGAGGAGGGUAGCUCGGGGUCCUCCAGCGAUGAGGAGCACGCUGGCGGCGGUAUGAGGGUCGGACCGCAGUAUCAGGCGGUGGUCCCUGAUUUCGACCCCGCCAAACUUGCAAGACGAAGUCAAGAGAGAGAGAAUCUCGGCAUGCUGGUCUGGUCGCCUAACCAGAAUCUGUCUGAAGCAAAAUUGGACGAAUAUAUUGCCAUUGCUAAAGAGAAGCAUGGAUACAAUAUGGAGCAGGCCCUUGGAAUGCUGUUUUGGCACAAGCAUAACAUUGAGAAGUCUUUGGCAGAUCUGCCAAACUUUACUCCGUUCCCAGAUGAGUGGACAGUGGAAGACAAGGUCUUGUUUGAACAGGCCUUCAGUUUCCAUGGGAAAACCUUCCAUAGGAUCCAGCAGAUGCUUCCUGACAAAUCAAUAGCCAGCCUGGUGAAAUUUUACUACUCCUGGAAGAAGACAAGGACUAAAACUAGCGUGAUGGACCGGCAUGCUCGUAAACAAAAAAGGGAACGUGAGGAAAGUGAGGAUGAAAUGGAGGAGGCAAAUGGAAAUAACCCUAUUGAUAUUGAAGUUGAACAAAACAAGGAGAGCAAAAAAGAGGUGCCACCCACUGAAACCGUUCCUCAGGUGAAGAAGGAGAAGCACAGUACACAGGCCAAGAACAGAGCAAAGAGGAAACCUCCUAAAGGAAUGUUCCUUUCCCAAGAAGAUGUGGAGGCUGUUUCUGCCAAUGCGACAGCUGCUACCACUGUACUCAGACAACUGGACAUGGAAUUAGUUUCAAUCAAACGCCAGAUCCAGAAUAUCAAACAGACGAACAGUGCGCUCAAAGAAAAACUUGAAGGUGGAAUAGAACAAUACAGACUUCCAGAGGUUGUUCAAAAAUUUAAUGCACGCUGGACCACAGAUGAGCAGCUUCUUGCCGUGCAAGCAAUCAGGAAAUAUGGCCGAGACUUUCAGGCAAUCUCUGAUGUGAUUGGAAACAAAUCUGUGGUGCAAGUGAAAAACUUUUUUGUAAAUUAUCGACGUCGUUUCAACAUAGAUGAAGUUCUACAGGAGUGGGAGGCAGAGCAUGGCAAAGAGGAGACAAAUGGAACCAACAGCCAGAAGCCUGUAAAAUCCCCUGAUAAUUCUACUAAAAUGUCUGAAGAGGAAGAUGAGGCAACUUCUGUUCUUGAUGUCAGAUAUGCAUCUGCUUCGUGAGAAGGUGCUGUAGCCUAGAACAAUUUGUGUUGACUACUGUGUUAUCCAGGAUAUCAGGUAUUAGCAAACCUCAGACAGCCAUCUGCAUCAUAUCUGUGGACAAGCAGCUAUUACCAAAAAAAGGCAAACGCUUCCAGUCCUGUGCUACAUCUGCCUUAAUCUCCCCUCAUUCCUCCGUAUUGCCUCCACUUCCUUUCAAAGCACCCAGGUAGCUCAGCUUUCCAUUUCAUCAGUGUCCUGCUUAAGCAUUGGGAUUUCUAGAACCAGUAACACCUGUCUGUAAAUUUUGACCAGCCUGGAAAACGAGGAGCUCCUUAGCAGCCCCACAAUAACUACACAUUAGGAGUACUCAGUCCGUAGGGUGUAAGUGCGUAUUGCUGCAUGGCCUCGUGGUCUCCGCUUCCUGUGUUAUUCUUACAGUGACACUAUUGUUAGUGAGCUUUCUAUAAAGGGGCGGCCUGUGCACAUUCCAGUGGUGUCAGGUUUGUUCUGAAGUGACAGGACACGAUGACAAACAGUCUUGAAUAAUGCAAAGUGACAGAAAAUGUUAUUUCUAAGGUUCGGUCAGCCCAAGGCUGUGGAUGUAACUCAUUACACUUCUGGUUUGUGCAAUUCUUUCCACUGUACCUGUAUGUUCUUGCUUCAUAGAAAGCUCCCUAAUUGAGCAUCUUAGUCCUGUAUGUUUUAAUGGCUUUUAUUUAGUGCAAAAGGGAAUACGUAACUAUUUGAUAUGCUAUUUAACCCCUGGCAUUCAGCAUUUGCAUUGUAACUUGUUAAAUGAGUGCUACACAACUUUCUUUUUCCUGAUCCUCUGCGGGAUUAAGUCAAAACAACUUUCUCUGGUGCCUCUCCUUUUGGAAUAUGUGCCUUUUUACAUUUGGCUACCAUAGAUCACUUUCUGUCCCAGUGUCUCAUUCCUCUUCAGAGCGCUGUUUGCCAAAGACAUCAAACUGCUUCUCCUGCUGGAAGUCUGCAUGAGGGUUGGAGCACAAAAUCCAACCUUCCAGGAGUUUUUGGUCUCUCAGAAGUUUACUGGAGAAGGACCAGGUUAAUUUCAUUGGCCAUUUUAACCCUUCUGAAGCACACAUCGCUUUCAUGUUCGGAACCAAAAUAUGCAAUUUAAAAUCUAAGAGGUGCUUUUCCAAAUACUUGGUGCAUGCAGUUUUCAAAUCCCCAGCCCUCUGCUCGGAUAACCUGUGCUGUGGCCUGUCUAGCUGGUGAGAACCAGAUCUGGUCUUGAAAGCCCUAUAUGGGACUUUGCACUUUGAACGAGGCAGUUGCUGACUGCCAAGCAGUGUUCAGAGAAGCUAGAAGCAGCAGUAUUACUCCUUGUCCAGUGGAAAGCUGCAAAAUAACACUAGUCACAAAGCAUUUUAAAAUGGUUCAUGAUGUUGGGAGAAACCAUCAGGUGACCUCCUUUGCCUCUCUUCCUCUACACAGAUUUCAGGCCAAGCUGGCACACAGCAAUGUAUGGCAGCAGCCUUUUAACUCUGAAAUCAUCUAGUUCAUGUCCUGGCCUGCAGCUGGGGUGCUGCAGCUCAAAAUCUAGCCCUGAAAUUAGUGCUGAUGCUUGCGCUGCUGGGCUGUGCCAGGUUGUGUGCUGUGUGGGCUCUGUUCUUUGUACCUAAACAAGGGAGGAUCAUUCCAGCCAGGUGACAGUCAGUUCUGACUGCACCUUUUGUGGUGUAGAAAGAAAGGCAGAAGAGGUGGCCUCGUGUACACUGAGGUGGUAUCCUCUUUGGGCCUUGUGUGAGGAAAGCAAUUAGACAUCAGAAAUGAAGCAACAACAUACAGGCAAAAGAGCAGAUAGGCAUUACUUAGGGCAAGCUAGAGCAUGGAGCCUAAAAAGGGCAUUUCAGCCACUUUGUAGCUGUUUCUGAGCAAUUUCAUUCUGGUAGCUCCGGAGACAUCCUUUGAGGUCACGGUAGGGUGGAAGAGAGCUAUUCUCUAGCCUCUAUAUUGGGAACUUGUAAUCUCGAGUUUGUGGCAGUGUCUCUACAGCUGUUGAUGUGAACUGGCAGCUCUGAUGGUGGCCCUGCAGAUGUUGCCACAGUCCUGUGCCAGUUGGAGUUGGCAGUCUGUUGUGGGAAAGGACACUACUUGUUAGCCAGUGUGAGUUAGGAUUAAAGACCGGGCAAAUAGCACUGUGAAUUCAGCUGUCAGUUUGGGUGUAAGGCAAUGCUGCUCAUUGAAAGUACUCCAGUAUUAAACCUCCUGCUGGUGUCAAUGCAUGGAGACAGGUCCUCACCAGUGCGAGAGGGUUGUGUGAGCUUGCAUCCCAGCUGGUGAAACUCGCUCAUCAGGAGAGGAUUCUGCUGGCGAAUCGUUACUUGUGAGGACUUCUCAUUGGUUUUUGCCCUCAAAUCUGUCCAUCUUACGAUCAGAAAAGUUGUGUUUUGGCUUCAUCCCCAAGGGGUAGGGGGAAACAUGUAUAAUUUGUGAUAUUAGGAAGAAAAAAGUUGUUAAAUUACUUUUCAUUUGACUGCUAUCUUAUUGUAGUUGAUACAUACAAUAUAAUAGCACUGUAUUUUAAACAUUUAGGUUUUUUUUACAUUCUCUUUAACUAUGUUUUUAAAUGCAAUAAAAUCAUUUUAGCAUUUGAAAGUUUAAA